UUUUUUCUUCUCUGUAUUAACGGGAACUUCUUUUUCCCAGUAAUUGACCAUCACUUCUGUCAUGUGCUUGGGGUGGAUUCCCGGCUUGUUCCUAGUUAAUUAAGGAAUAAAUUUGCGCGUUUGAUACUAGCUGUAGUUUUUGGUAGAAUUGGGUGCUUCACAUUCUGUUAGUUGAUUAAAUUCUUCAUACAUCGUUGCAAAUGAUUACCUGAAAUUUACCCUAUCAUUAUUAUGGAAAUGUAAUUUUGAAGAUUGGUUAAUUGUUCUGAAAUUAAACUUGUGGAGAAUAUGAAAAUAUAAAUUCAGAAGCACAGAAACUUUUGUUGGAAUGAUCUUUCUUUCACAAUUAUCUGACUUUUAUGAUGAUCUGUUAUCACUGGGGAUUCGGUUACUAUAUGCUUACCUGUUCUUUGUCAAAGAACCACAUCUUUAUGGGCCUCUAAGUUGAAAGAUGAUUCUAUUACAAAAUCUUAAAUCAAAUUCUGUUACCAACUGAUAUGGAGGUUUGUGAUUGCUCUUCUCAAUGAACUAGGACCCAUAAUGUCACAAUACUCAUAGUGUUUAUAAAUUUGUUGGUGAAUAAUAUUGCUGCUCUUUUGAGGUUUACCCACUUUUAAACAUUCAUGUUCGUCACAUGAUUUGAACGUUAGGAUAUAUCCUCUAGUUUUAUCUUGCUCAAGGAUUGACGAUGGGCUAUUCAUUGAUUUAACUUUACUUUCUUAGUAAUUGGUUGAGUCAUACUUUCGGUAAUGAGAUGUGUUAUAUCUGACCUUGCCAUUGGUGAUAAAAAUAUUAUCUAUACACCUGUCUGGCACAUUAAGGCAAUGAAUAAUCUAGGGGCUACAGCUAACUAUAUACAAGAUGCUAAUUAAUUCUAACAUGAGACUUAUUUUCAUGUUAUAUACUUGGAUGUAUCGGACAAGAGAGCUUCUGGUGAUAAAACCCAAGAUAUUUGUAAUGCAGUAUGAUGUCAUGAGAGAAUUCGAGCUGUCAACAUUGCGUUGGUGGAUAAAAGCGCAGUUGAUAUUAGAACGGUCAAAGUCAGCAAUUUAUCCCUAGGGGCAUCUGAGCGUGAUGUAACGGAGUUCUUUUCUUUUUCUGGUGACAUCGAAUUUGUUGAGAUGAAAAGUGAUACUGAACUGUCUCAAAUUGCAUUUGUUACCUUCAAGGAUUCGCAGGGAGCAGAGACUGCUGUUCUUCUUUCGGGGGCAACAAUAGUUGAUUUGCCUGUAACCGUAACUCUGGACCCAGAUUACAUACUUCCUCCUGCUGCUUCUGGUCCACUCCUGCCCACAGAUGAGAAAACUGUAGGUAGUGCAGAGUCUGCUUUCCGAAAGGCAGAGGAUGUUGUAAGCAGCUUGCUUGCGAAGGGUUAUAUCUUAGGUAAAGAAUCGGUUGAUAAAGCAAAAUCUUUUGAUGAGAAGCACCAAUUGACUUCAACAGCAAGUGCCAAAGUCAUUUCCUUUGACAAAAAAAUUGGGCUCAGUGAAAAGAUUAGUGUUGGUACUUCAGUUGUGAACGAUAAAGUUCGUGAAGUAGAUGAGAAACUCCACGUUUCUGAUAAAGCAAAGGCAGCACUUAAUGCUGCUGAGCAAACUGUCAGUAAUGCCGGAUCUGCCAUUAUGAAGAAUAGGUAUGUACUUACUGGCACUACUUGGGUGACAGGUGCUUUUAACAAAGUCACUAAGGCAGCUGGGGACGUAGGCCAGAAGACCAAAGAGAAAGUGGGAAAGGUUGAAGAUGAACAAAGAAGGAAAAUGGUCGAUGACUUUGCUCAAGUUCAUUUAUCUGAGUCUCCCAAAGCCUCAGAUUUAAGGGAGCAGCAUUCUUCCAAACCUACUCCAGCACAAGGUUUGAUCCUCUGAGUUGCUGCCCUUUUCAAUACCUUCAAAUGAUUUGAUUGUGACAUUCCUGAAUUCUGAAUUCACCAAAUUAGUAAAAAAAUGAGGUGGAUCUGGAGUACUUCGCUAUGUUAUCCGUUGAUACAUUCUCUUGUUGUACUCUUAGAUAUAUACAUUAAGCAAAAGGUUCCUUGAAUCGAUUUGCAGGAUGAAUUUGUUUGCCCGAAGAACAUAUAUUCAAAUUACUUUUUUUCUUUUGUUUGAGGUGACUAUUUCCUGUCCCUUCUGAGGUUAUGAUUACAAAAAUUUGGUUA